AAGAUGUGGUGCCUCCUCGUGCUGCUCUGCUCCCAGGGAAUUGCCUUUUCAGCAGGAUUCACAGCAGCCUCCACUGCAGGUGUUGACACAAGCCGCUGCAAGAGGAGUCGCAACCCGGAAUGCUUCAUGAAUGUUAGUGAAAUUAUCAGGUAUCAUGGAUACCCCAGCGAGGAAUAUGAAGUUACAACAGAGGAUGGAUACAUUCUUGGUGUUUACAGAAUUCCUGCUGGGAGGAAUUCCACACGGAAUACAGGGCAAAGGCCUGCAGUGUUCCUGCAACAUGCUUUUCUAGGAGAUGCUACUCAUUGGAUUUCCAACCUGCCCAACAACAGCUUGGGCUUCGUGCUUGCAGAUGCUGGCUAUGAUGUCUGGUUGGGAAACAGCAGAGGGAACACCUGGUCUUUAAAACACAAGACCCUUAAGCCCUGCCAGAAGGAGUUCUGGCAGUUCAGCUUCAAUGAAAUGGGUAAAUAUGAUAUUCCAGCAGAGCUGAACUUCAUCAUGAAUAAAACUGGACAGAAGGAUGUUUACUAUAUUGGUCACUCUGAAGGGUCAACUGCAGGCUUCAUAGCAUUCUAUAUGUACCCUGAGCUGGCUAAACGGGUGAAAGUGUUCUUUGCUCUGGGCCCAGUAACUGCAUGCCCACAUGCUACAAGCCCUCUGAUUAAGAUAAUAAAUCUUCCUGAACCACUGCUCAGGUUAAUAUUUGGCUGCAAAGGAGCUGCCCACCAGAUCGAGUUUCUGAAAGGACCCGUGACACAGCUCUGUACAAGCCUGGAUAAGUUCUGUGCCCAUGUUCUCUGUUACAUAGCUGGAGGCAGUGUAAAAAAUAUCAACACGAGUCGAGUAGAUACGUACGUAGGACAUUCCCCAGCUGGGACAUCGGUACACAACAUUUUUCACUGGCGACAGCUAGCACAUACAGACCGGUUUCAAGCUUAUGACUAUGGCUCAAAGGAAAACAUGAAGAAAUACAACCAGACUGCUCCUCCUGAGUACAAGAUAGAGGAGAUAAAGACACCAACUGCUGUUUGGAGUGGAGGACAGGACACGUUUGCAGACCCAACAGACAUGGCAAGGCUUCUUCCUCGGAUCACUAAUCUCAUUUACCAUGAGCAUUUUCCUGCAUGGGGACAUCUUGAUUUCAUCUGGGGCCUUGAUGCAGCUGAGAAAAUGUAUCUGAAAAUCAUUGAAUUAUUAAGAAAAUAUUUUUGAAACCAUGAGCAGAGUCUUGAUUAUAACCUCCAAAAUUUCUAUUUGGCAAUAAGGGUGGUAUCUGGGGAACAGGUAAUCAC